UCUUGUCCUCUAUGUCCUGCUGGUCAAAAGUACUUGUUUUUCAAAAGGAAACUUAUCCUUAACCCAAGUUGAGAAUUUGACAACCAAUAAAAAGUUUCCCACGAUGAAAGAUAAUCUCAUAUUAUUCACCAAUUUGUAUUUGGUGGUUAGAAUUGUAAUUGGUGUCGUUUAUCAGGGAAGAAUAUGCAAUAAAGGAUAGACCACUUCAUCUGUGAUAUAUGCUACAACCUCCUGCAUGAUUUAAAUUUUAUUUUUAUGUAGAAAAGGUUCAGACAUUUAUGAUGGAAGGUACAUGUAAUAAAAACAACCAUGUGCUCUGAUGGCAGUUAUUUUCCCUUAUCAUAUUGGAAACUUUCAAUAAGUAUAUGAGAUGUCAAUUUAUAAAUUACAAAGUGUCUUCAUUUUUGAAACAUUAGGGUAAAAGUGAUAAAGGAAGUCUUCAAUUUAGAAGAUUUGGGGAUAAAAUGCAGCAAUAUUUAUUUAAAAUCAAGCAAUAAAUUCUCAAAUUUAAUUUAUUAACCCAGUGGAUUUAAGGUCAAAUAUAACAGCCUAUUUCCUUACUUUCAAUUUUUUUGAUAAAAAUGGGCACAUUUUCCUAUGGGGAAGUAAUAAGGACUUCACUCUGGAACAAGCUCCAACAUUACAUUGUUCCAAGUAGAUUAAAUUUUAUACAUUAAAUGAUAUUCAGCGAGGAUAAAUAACAAGUGCAUUCUUUCACUGUUCUUAGUACAGGGUGAUAUAUUUACUUUUUAAGUAUGUGAUGUUAAGGACCCUGAUGUUAAGGACCCCACCCUGGUAACUUAGUUAUGACAAGGCUUCUCUUUAUACUGCUUCCUACUGAAACUUGGGCUCAAGGUCAGGGCAUGACUUCCCUUGCUUUAAAAUUGCAGUUUCAAAGAAAUUCCUGUUGAAAGCACCUAAGAGUUGCUAUAAUAUGAUGGCAGUAGUGGCCUCAUUUUUGCUACCACCUUGAACAUGCAACACUUUUGUCCUGUUUUGCCAAAGAGACUUAACGGUCAAAAUUUUAGUCAAAUUGGACAUGAGAUGAGCCAGAGAUAUUUGUAUCAGGUGAAAUAUUGCAAAGUUUUAUUAUAAGAAGGACAUAUAGAAAAUACGUACCAAAAGUGCUAUUUAGUGAACUAAAGUUUAUAAUGAACUGAAGAUGAUCAAAUUUUUGGUCUUAAAGUGUAGACCAAUAUGUGGGUGUAAGUUCUUUUGAGAGACGAAACCUAGGUGCAGAAAGAGGUGGGAUUAACUGCCAUUGUUGACCCUACCGAGGUGCUCACUAGGGCCUGAUUAAAACCAGCAGGAAACAUCUGCUUUUCUUGGAUGGGGCUGUAAUGACCCUCUUCCUUCUUGAAGUUCAGGUGGCCUUCACUUUGGCAUUGUUAGCUGAUGGCAGCCGUCAUUCAAUCUCAGAACAGGAAGAUUGUCUUGAAAAAAAGUAGCAAAAAGGAUGGAGACUUUUCGUGUAACAUAAGUUUCAUGUUUCUGAAUUGGAUUUGAUUGCAAUGACCAAAGCUGAGAUCAGACUGGAGUUCAUUAUUCUCAAGGUUUGGCAAACAUCACUGAAGGAACCAACCAGGAAACACAGCACAGGGGAAACAAGAACAUAGCUUAGUUGUAAUCCAAGCAAAAGAUCAUCAAUACAGACUACAAAGGAAUGGAAUUCUGGAUUUAUUAUCUUGUUGGCAAACAAGAUUUUUGUUCAGAAAGAAGACUUGCAGGGAGGAAAUGAGACUGGCAAGAUGUGAUGUGUCACAUAUGGACAUCUCUGAACAGUUUACAUACGUGAGACCUUAAUGUUAUCCAAACAUUAUCAAAUUGGUUUACAAGAAGUACAGAGACACAUGGUAUUUUGACUGAUAUUGCUGAUGCAUGACUGCCAAGAUGAAGAAAAAGAAGAGCAAAGGUCAGGGUCUGAGUGGUUGCACCAAGGUGCUCACACAGUCUCAGUCCAUACAGACAGAUGGCAAUAGCAUAGACUCAGUAAAAGCCUCUUCAAAGUUCUGCUCAUGUAGACAAAGAGUUCUUGCAAUAUUUUUGCUGAUUGGAAUUGUUUGCUGUUUUUGUAUCUAUGGAAUAUAUACCUCAAGUGGGGCACACCUAAAAAGUGACUUGUCCUCUUAUACUGAAAUGUCCAGCAAUACUCAACAUGAGACUCAGGGUGACUAUGACUUUGGAGUUGACUCCUAUCCUUUUCACUCAAGACACACCCAACGUCGCCUGCCCCAGUGCAUUAUCAUUGGGGUUCGUAAAGGAGGAACAAGGGCUCUGUUGAAUUUCUUGGACCUUCAUCCAGAUAUCCAAACUGCAGGCAGGGAAAUGCAUUUUUUCGAUGAGCCUGAUAGAUAUAAGCUGGGUUUGAACUGGUACCGAAAACGUAUGCCAUUUUCUUUUAGAAAUCAAAUCACUAUUGAGAAAACCCCUGCCUACUUUGUGGAAGAGCAUGUAGCUGGAAAAGUGCAUGAGAUGAACAGUAGCAUCAAACUUUUGCUGAUAUUGCGUGAUCCCGUAGAACGUAUGAUAUCUGACUACCUCCAGGUGCGCACGAACAAAGAGGAAAAAGGGAAAUCUUACCACAGAUUUGAAGACCUUGUCAUCGACAAAGAAACCGGUGGAAUCCGUGAAAGCUACACUCCAGUGCGGAGGUCUAAGUACCAUGUACACAUGGCCAGGUGGUUAAAGUACUUCUCUUUGGAUCAGUUUCUUCUAAUCAGCAGUGAGAGAUUUGCCGAGGAUCCAGUGACACAGCUCCAGAGAGUAGAGGCAUUUCUUGACAUUGAUCCUCAGUUCAAGAGAGAUAUGUUUGUGUACAAUGAGACAAAAGGGUUCUACUGUAUUCGGGAUGAGGAUGAGCAUGUUUGUUUAGGAGAAAGUAAAGGCCGCAAACACCCAAACAUUGACCCAGCAGUAUUAGCAAAACUACGUGCCUUCUUCAGACCUCAAAACAAGAAAUUUUACAGCUUGGUUGGAGUGAAUUUUGGAUGGCCGUAACAGUUCUUCUGCAGAGAUAAACCAUGUGUUGUUUACAUAUUAUAUUUUUUAUAUUCAAUAUUAGUGUAAAUGUAGCCAUAUACAGUGUAUUUAGAAGUAUGUAUCAAAAAUGCUCCCAACAAAAGUAUUAAAGGAAAUAUUUUCUGCACUUGCAAUAUCAAGAUUUGAGAAGUAAAUGGAGAUUUGUCAGUGUGUUGCCUUUUGAGACAAUCCUUUAUGUAUCUACUGCCAAACAGCAUGAAGAAAGAACAAAACGGAAUGCAGAGUUUGUAUGAUAAGGUUUGAAAAACUUUGCAUGAACUAAACUACGCAUUUAAUAGUGCCAGUUCUUUAUCUUGUUUUGGGAAACUAACCCAGCAAUAUUUAUCACGGAUCAUUUGAUAUUCCUAAAUAAGUGAAUGGGCCUUUGUUAACUGUCAAGUGCAAAUAGUGCUCUGUAAUAUCCAGUUUUGUCAACUAGUGCCAUAUACAUAAGUUAAUUUUAAUUUAGUAUGUUUUAUUAAUCAUAUAUAUAUAUUAACUUGGUCAUACCUUGACAGUUCCCAGUACUUAAACAUUUAAGUUUACACAUAUCUUGGUACAAUUUGGUAUCAUAGGUGCCUUUAGAAAUGUUUUUGUUAUUAUGAAGAUUCUUCAUUAAUGUAUUCUAUAGGAUAACUUCCACUUUUUUGUCUUACUUCAAUUAUAUUCAGUGUUUUAGUAAUGGAUUUAUAACAAUGUCAAUUUCUUCUUGAUUUAAUGUGCGUAUCAUAAAAUAACAAAAAAGACAAAAAAAAAAAGUCAUGUGAAGUCAUGAUGUACAGGUCAAGGUAUAUUAUUGGUUUUGCUGUUCACCUCAACCAGUGCUCGAAAUUAAUGCUGGACAGUCUGCCCAGGUUUGACAACUUUCAGAACGAGCCGUGAAGCUUUCCCACCCUGCAGACAUGCAGUCCAGCUACUUUUCAAGAUGGCUGGACCUUCGGUUCAGCAACUAAUUUUCCUUAGAGGCAAACACUGACCCCAACAUUAGAUUGAAUGUACUCAUAUGGCUAACUUGUUAAGAUUUUUAACUUAAAAGUUAGAAUGCUCAAAGUAGAGUGUUUUGGAAAUGACUAUUUUAUCUUUUCUGAAUAUUUUAACAAUUUGUUGUAAUAUCUUUAGACCUGUCAGACAUAUCUGCUCUGGAGCUAGUAUUAAAUUUCAACAAAUCACAUUUUAUUAGGUAGACGCACGUUUCCUCCCAAUGUGCUCAAAAUUAGUACCCCAGAAAUAUCUCAAACCAUGUUGCCUCACUGUAAAGCUCUGAUAUUCAGAGCAUUUUUUAAAAAUAAUGUUGCCUUACUGUAAAGCUCUGAUAUUCAGAGUAUUUUCCUAAAUAGUGUCAACUCCUGGUAAAGUUCUGAUAUUCAGGAUUUUUUCCACUUAACAUUAUUGGAGAAGCGAAUCGGUUUACAAACUGUAGCUUUUAAAUUGUUAGAGAAUCUCUUCUUGUUGUAUCAAUGAUGUAUUCUAGUGAUAUUUCAGAAAUAAAUUUGUUACAUGUAGUUUCUGUCACAGAUUAAACCCAAUACAUUAUUCAUUUUUAGAAUGUCAAUACAAGUUUGUGGAAUUACAAGAUGCGACUUAGGAGGGCAAGUUCUAGGACUCAACUUAGAAGCAAUGUUUCUUGUAACAAUGUAGCAAUAAUACCAUUUCACAUCAGUGCACUUUAGGAUUUGAAUUCUAAUUGUUUUAACCAGGUGUUAGUUUGCUACAGACAAUACUGGUACUGACAUUCUUAAAAGAGGAGAUUAGUCUUGCGUACAGUACAUUACCCCUUAACAUUCAAAUUGUCUCUCAUUCUGUACCAUCUUUUGCUUUAAAUCGUCACGUUU